AUGGUUGAGUUUGUGUUGAGAGAGACUCCAUGUGCUGAUGGAGUGGUGGUUCAGUCGGCUUUCGAAUCGAUACCUGAGUUAGUGUUUUGUGAAGACAUCGUAAAGGGUUUUAAGAAGACAUCGGUGUUCUGUUUCUAUGAAGACAUCCAUGGGUUGAAUGCCUUUCCACUCCCAAGUGAUGGUCUGCUCAAUGCCUACGCGUGUGGUGUGUCUUAUCUGUUGUCUUCUCAAUGCCUGCCAACCAAUUCGGCCGUCCAUUAG